UUUAUAAUUCAUGUUGAUCAAGCGAGUGAGCGGCAGCGCGGCUCGCACGUGAUUCUUCCAUUAUCGCUUCCUUACAAGUGUUGAAUAUUUUUCGCUGAUUUUUGUCAAUGAUUUUUUUUUUUUUUACCUUCACUGUCUUAAUAACUUUUGUUGCCCAAAUUAUUGUCAACUAUUCAAAAUGGCCAGCCCACAAUCUUUACCAUUUGCAAAGAAAAAGAAAAGUAGAAAAUCUAAAGGAAUACUUAUUGAUGAAGAUACUUUAGGACAAGUCCAGGCUGAAAUUCCAUUCUUUAUUAAACCAUCUGAAAAAAUUGCUACAAUUGACUCUUCAAAAUGGCCCCUGCUUUUGAAGAAUUUUGAUGCAUUAAAUGUGCGUUCAAAUCAUUACACUCCAUUACCCUUUGGGUCAAAUCCACUGCAAAGAGAUAUUAAAGAAUAUAUCCGAUCAGGAUAUAUUAAUUUGGAUAAACCAUCCAAUCCAAGUUCCCACGAGGUAGUAGCUUGGAUUAAACGAAUAUUAAAAGUUGAAAAAACUGGUCAUUCUGGAACACUAGAUCCAAAAACUUCAGGUGUACUGGUUGUAUGUAUUGAAAGAGCAACUCGGCUUGUAAAGUCACAACAAUCUAGUGGAAAGGAGUAUAUUUCAGUUUUCAAACUUCAUAAUCCAGUUGAAAGUGUUCUUGAGAUUAAGAAAGUUAUGGAAUCAUUGCGUGGAGCUUUAUUUCAGCGACCUCCUUUGAUUGCAGCUGUAAAACGCCAACUUCGUAUUCGUACUAUUUAUGAAAAUAAGCUAUUGGAUUAUGAUGAGGAAAGUAAUAUAGGAGUUUUUUGGAUUAAAUGUGAGGCUGGUACUUAUGUAAGAACACUUUGUGUUCAUAUGGGUUUAAUGUUGGGUACUGGAGGCCAAAUGAUUGAACUCCGAAGAAAUCGUUCUGGAAUUACCAGUGAAGAAAAUGGCCUUGCAACAUUGCACGAUGUUUUAGAUGCUCAGUGGAUGUAUGAAAACAAUAAAGAUGAAUCUUAUUUAAGACGAGUAGUCAGACCUCUUGAAGGUAUACUUACUAAUUACAAAAGAAUAUUUGUUAAGGAUAGUGCGAUAAACGCUAUUUGCUAUGGAGCUAAAAUUAUGUUACCUGGAGUACUCCGUUAUGAUGAUGGGAUUGAGUUAAAUAUGGAAAUUGUUAUAGUUUCUACAAAAGGAGAAGCUGUGGCCUUAGGUAUUGCACUUAUGACAACAUCUACAAUUUCAAGUUGUGAUCAUGGAAUUAUUGCUAAAAUCAAAAGAGUGUUGAUGGACCGAGACACUUAUCCCCGUAAAUGGGGUCUUGGACCAAUGGCAAGUGCUAAAAAGAACAUGAUUAAAGAAGGUUUGCUAGAUAAAUAUGGUAAACCAAAUGAGAAUACCCCUGAAAAUUGGAGACAAACGUUCUUUAAGGAUGUAUUUGAAAAAAUGAAGACUGAGAAUGAAAAUGAAAGUAAAAAGAGAAAACGUAUAAGUACAACACCUGAAUCUCCUACAUCAGUAGUUAAAAAGGAGAAAAAGGAAAAGAAAAUUAAAACCGAGUAUAUUGAAGAAGAAACACCUGAAGUUCAGUCAUCACCCGAUGAUGUAGAAGAAAAAAAAAAGAAGAAAAAGAAGAAGAAAGACAAAAAUGAUUCUGUACAGUGAUGCCAACUAUAAAUGUUUUAAAUCUUACUAUGUAUAAAAAAAAUCCGUAGAUAAUGCACGAAAUCCAUAAUUUUUUUA